AUGUACAGUAUAGUUUUAUCAGUAUAUUUCUUUCUCUUAGCCCAAACCGGGGACAAGUGCAUUGUGGAUUGCCCCCGAAGCCAGUAUUCAUUCUAUGUCAAAUCAGGAGAUGGUUUAAAAUCUGGUCCUAUUAUCUGUUUUAACAAUGAAGAGUUGAUAAGUCCUCGACUCAAGAACACUCAUCGAGGAAUAAAUGCAGUUUUCAUUGAUGUUAAAACUAAAAAAGUCUCCAGCGUGACAUAUUUUGAUACUUAUGUUGAAGAUUUUGCCUUGAUACGUUAUCUCAAGAGAGAUGUUCCAGAUGAAGCUAUUGUUUUAAUGGCAAGCUUUGAUGAAAUGUCAUCAAGCUUGAAAGCUGAUGGCAGGAAAUGGCUAAAAUCAUUUGGCAGCAAUUUGAUCGACAAAGUUGGUUUCAGAGAUGCUUUUGUUUUAAUUGGACAACGUGGACUCAAACCCGGACAUGCCAUUGAAUUUAAUCGUAAGAAUAAAAAAGAUUUUGCACCUGUGAUAGAAAAAAGUGGCUGCUUUUCUAUGCCAAUGGGUCCCUUGGCUCCUGUUCAGAUGAUGAUUACUGAAAUCCUUGUUGGCAAUAAAAUAAAAUAUGGGGAAAGGAUUGAAUUCUGUGGAAUGAAAAGCGCAUGUACAAAUGACACAUUUCCUGCUCAUCUGUUCACAGGAAAGGAUAAUGUUGAAUAUCCUCAAAUCUGUGUCGAUGAACUCUUGAUAAUGGCUAAAGGACUCAAUCAUGCAGGUCGGGGUAUGAACAUUGUCACCUAUAACCCUGAUACUAAAAAAGUACAACAUGUUAGUACAUUUGACACUUAUAAAGAAGACAGCACAGAUCUUGAAAUGUUUUUGGAAUCAUUGCCAGCAAGAAUCAUUAUCAUGGUGGCUGUAUGGGAUGACGCUGCAAUCAAACUCAGCAACCAUGCCAGAGUACUGUUCAAUUCUUUGGGCAGCAGCAUGAUACAGAAUCUCAAAUUUCGAGAUGUCUGGUAUUUUGUUGGACAGAAAGGAAUCGAAGGAUUCAGCACAUUUGAGCAAAUUAGUUAUGCAAAACCUGACAGUGGCUGGCCGAACGCUUUGCAAUUAUCUGCCUGCAUUCCAUACAAGAUGAAAGGAACCAAAGUUCGACCAGAUCCCAUGGUUUAUCGUAAUGAUGCAAGACGUGAAUUCUGUUUAAAAUACGAAGGUUAUGUGGAAUUUUGUGACUAUGGACAUAUUGAUGACAUGAUUAAACCAGUCAGCCUGGUUGAUAAUACAUUUAGAGGUCAUAAGAUAUUCACAACACCUAUUGUCAUUAUUCCAGGUGUUGACCACAAUGCUGUUGUAAACACAUUUCAGACUACUAUCAUGCAAUCCGGGCUUAAUCCUAAAAUGGUUUUGGUUUGUUGGGACGAGAAGUUUCCAGAAUUUGCUGAGCUGGCUGAACUGUUUGGCUUUCAAAAUCGAUCUUUGCUGAGUAGUACAAGGUAUACAGAGGUAAUGAUGAAAGCUAUUGAUAUGGCCUGGAAAGUGUUCCCUCAACAGGAACAUAUCAUCUUCAUUGAAGAAGAACUGUUGUUGUCACCAGACUUCCUGUUUUACAUGGCUCAAUCUUUACCUGCUCUGGAGGUUGACACUUCUUUGCUUGCAGUAUCAGCUUGGAACUAUAAUGGUUAUGAGAAUACUUCAGAAAAUCGUUCCCUGCUUUAUCGUGUUGAAGAUUUUCCAGGCUUGGGGUUCAUGUUGAAAAAAGACAUCUACUUGAACCACAUGAAAGACAGGUUAAAAGAAUGCUGCAGUCGGAGGAUAUGGGAUGGAUGGUCAAUUAAGAAUUUGGCUGAUGCAGAAGUCAUUGUGCCUGAUGUGUCCCGAGUUUAUCGACAACCAUUCCUGAAUUCUGCCAGCAAUGAAGACUACCUCAAAAUUUUAUUUCACAAACCUCGGAUGACUAAUUUGGAGCAACACGUGAAACUCUCUGCUGUAAAAGAUUUAAAGAAAGAUGUUUAUGAGAGUUCUCUUCAAAGUUUGCUCAAGAACAGUGUGCCUCUUGAUAUUUCUUAUUUCAAAGACUGCCUGAAAAAUUCCCCCACUUUUCUACACAUUCAGUAUCCCCAGAAAAAAGGAAACUAUGUAGUCUAUUAUGAACAGUCCAAUAUUAAAGACUUUGAUGUGCUAGGAAACAUUUCAAAAUGUUUUGGUUUUUUUAUUCACAUGGACUACAAACCAAAAGGUCUGCAUAGAGGAUUGCUGAGAUUUACACAUCAUGGCAAUCUAAUAUUUCUGAUUGGUUCCCAGUCUUCCUACUAUGAACUGAAACCACAAAAUCAUGAAGCCCUAACAAAAAAGUCAACGCUUUUAGUGGCUGGUUAA